UAACCUGUAUAUCUAGCCUCUCUAACCCGUAUAGACUCUCUAACCCGUAUAGACUCGAUAACCUGUAUAUCUAGCCUCUCUAACCCGUAUAGACUCUCUAACCCGUAUAGACUCUCUAACCCCUAUAGACUCGAUAACCUGUAUAGACUCUCUAACCCGUAUAGACUCUAUAACCUGUAUAUCUAGCCUCUAUAACCUAUCUGUAAAUGGACACCCUGGUUCAGCUCCAGAACAGCCCGUUCCUCAUGGGUCUCUGUCGGAACGGAGCACCAGUAGACCUGCAGUACGACAAUUCAUCAGAACUGUUCCGUAUCUCCACCUUCGCCCGGUUCCCGUCAUUGGGGGUAACGGAGCGCAGCCUGGCGAGGGCAGGAUGGUUCUAUACUGGCGUUGGGGACAGGGUGCAGUGUUUCAGGUGUAACGUGACGGCGGAGGGCUGGCAGACAGGGGACUGUCCUACUGAGAGACACCGACAGCUCUCUCCCUCCUGCUCCUUCAUCCAGACUCUCCCCUCCACAGCCAACCUCCUCUCCUCCUCACACUCCGCCUUCUCUCCGCUACGCAGCGCCCCGGUCAUACCGGUGUCAGGCCCUGGCCCAGCCCCCCUCCCUGUCUCCGCCCCUAACCCUGCCCCCAACCCGGUGCCGGGGGAGGAGUCUGUUGGAUAUUUGAAUAUGGGGUUCUCUGCCCCGCCCCCCUCCAGCCCGCUGAGCUCCAGAGGAGUAGAGGACAUGUCCCACCAGAGACCCCCUACCUGUCACAACCCCAGUAUGAGGAGAGAGCAGGACCGUCUGGACUCCUUCCACUCCUGGCCCCUGUCCAUCAUCACCCCCUCUGAGCUGGCCAAGGCUGGUUUCUACUACCUGGGACAGGGCGACCGCGUGGCCUGCUUCACCUGUGGAGGACAGCUCAGUAACUGGGAACCAGGGGACCGGGCCGUGUCGGAGCACCAGAGGCAUUACCCCAACUGUCGCUUCGUCAGAGGAGACCGGGCCGACAACGUGUCCCUGGCCGGGGGGGUGGGGGGAGUCGGGGGGGCCGGGGGGGGGGGGGUUGUAGCAGGUACCUCUCAGCCCACCGGGACAGCAGCCCCGGCCCCCGGCCCCCCAGGCCCCCCCGGCCCCCCGGGCCUCAGUAACGUGUCUAACCCAGCCAUGCUGCAGCGUGAGGAGAGGCUGCUGACCUUCGUCCACUGGCCCUUACGGAUCCCUGUACGCCCUGAUCAGCUGGCCAAGGCAGGAUUCUACUACGUCGGGCGUAAUGAUGAUGUGAAGUGUUUCUGCUGUGAUGGAGGUCUGAGGUGCUGGGAGUCGGGUGACGACCCCUGGGUGGAGCACGCCAAAUGGUUCCCUAGGUGUGUGUACCUGCUCCAGGAGAAAGGUCAGGAGUUUGUCCAUCAGAUCCAGGCUCGCUUCCCUCGGCUCUUUGAACAGCUCCUAACCAAUGGGGACAGCAGCUCCAGAGAGUUUGUGGACCCGCCAGGUGAGGAGCGGUCGGAGGAUGCCGUGAUGAUGAACACUGCAGUGGUCGUGUCGUCUCUAGAGAUGGGGUUUGAGCGUGGCCUGGUGAAGCAGACGGUCCAGAGUAAGAUCCUGACCAGCGGCGAGAACUACAAGACCGUCCAGGAGCUAGUCUCAGACCUGCUGAGUGCAGAGGAUCAGAAGAGAGAGGAGGAGAGAGAGAUGCUGGCCGAGGAGAUGGCUUCAGAUGGUCAUUCAUUCUUAAAGAGACACCAGGCAGCGUUGGUUCAGCGUCUGAAGAGUGUUGAGUCUGUCCUGGAGCACCUCCGAGAGCAGAACGUCAUCAGUGGAGAGGAGUACAGUGGUCUCCAGGGCCAGUCCUCUCAGCAGCAGACAGCCAGACUGAUAGACUUGGUCUUGACUAAAGGGAACGCAGCAGCUGAGGUCUUCAGGAACUGGAUCCAGAAGAACGAUGUCUACCUGCUCCGAGACCUCAUGGGUAAAACAUCACCUCUGACCCCUAACCCUAGCCUGCUCCGAGACCUCAUGGCCCAGGCAAAUGAAGCCGCAUCACCGAGUCAAGAUCUCUCAGACCUGCCGAUGGAGGAGCAGCUGCGCCGUCUGCAGGAGGAGAGGACAUGUAAAGUGUGUAUGGACAAGGAGGUGAACAUUGUGUUCAUCCCGUGUGGUCACCUGGUGGUCUGUAAGGAGUGUGCUCCAUCCCUGAGGAAAUGUCCCAUCUGCAGAGGACUGGUCAAGGGCACCGUCCGAACAUUCCUCUCCUAGAAGAUCUCCAGGAACCAUGGCCCCUCCCAACACUGUCAAACUUCUCCAACCUUGUCUCCUUUCUACUCCUAGAGAGCAGCUACCAACUCUAUUACAGGCGUGUCAAUCUAUUUCCUGUCGGCUGGUUUUUAUCUCCUGUCAAUUAGUGUCCAAUGAAGACCUAGACAACCAGGCGAGGAUAGUUCCUAGCUAAUCAAUGAAGACCUAGACAACCAGGCGAGGGGAGUUCCUAGCUAAUCAAUGAAGACCUAGACAACCAGGCGAGGGGAGUUCCUAGCUAAUCAAUGAAGACCUAGACAACCAGGCGAGGGGAGUUCCUAGCUAAUCAAUGACCUUUAUUGAUCAAUCAUGUACAAGUGAGUAGUGAAAACCUGCAGACACUCAACCCUCGAGGACUGGAGUUUGACACGUGCUCUAUCCCAUAAACAACGUCUCUACAAUCUCUCCUGUUAAACGUACCUGCUUAACCAGCAACACAUCUGUUCCUGUAUAGAUAUACACAUUACACAACUCUGUAGCAAUGCAUGGAGUUAUAUAAUGGCCUAACUAUAAUUGUCCAUCUAUGUAAUCAGUCCAUUGACAGGAAGAGACCUGAGGUUGGACAGAUGUAACCAGUAAAGCUCUGCAUCCUGAAUGACACCAUAUUGCCUAUGUAGGGAAGUGGUCAAAAGUAGUGCACUAUAUAGAAAACAAUGGGCCAUUUGGGACGCAAUGCAUAUGUAACGGCCAGUCAAGGCGCUCGCAUGUAAAGGGUGUGAUGAUUAUUCUGAUAUUUGAAUGUCUCAAAUAAAAGGUGUGAUGAUUGUUCUGA